AUACGCUUUCCCAAACACUUUUCAAUUUUCAAAAUCACAUAACCUCUCUCUCUCUCUCUAUCAUCUCUCUCGAAUCGGCAGAGAAUUUUCCGGUGGAUCAGAUGACUGAUCUGAGCCAGAGUUCAAUCGCAGAGUCGGAUCCCUUACACGCUUACUCAGGUCUAUCGUUGUUUCCCCGCACGCUGAAAUCAAUGUCCAUCCCUCUCCCUCCUCCUCCUCCUCCUCCUCUCCACCAAUCCGACGCUCUUCACCAGACCCAUACUCUCCUUCAAUCUAUCCCUUUUGAAGUUUCGAAAGAGCAUCAGGAGCAGGCAAAGGCUAUCUUAGAUGAAAGCUCUGAACUUUUGAAGCAAGGGAUUGGGAGCAGUGUAGCUUCUGUAGAUACGAAUGUUGGUGUGGAGGUGAAUCCUGUCCCUAAUAAGCGAGAAAGAAGACCGGCUUAUGAACGUAAGCGAGAACGCUUUACUAUCAAGCCUACGAGAAGUAUAUCACCGCAAAAAGAACCAUCCUUUGAUCCUAGUAAAUAUCCGAAACCUGGAGAGUACUUUGCUGCGUAUGAGAGUUUUUUAGUUGCUCAACGAGAAUGGCAGAAGCAAUCUGGCACCUAUGUGAAAGAGACUUACCAUUAUCAGCCACCAAAACGCAGACCAGAACUUCCAGGGAAAAAACGGGGUACAUACAAGCAUACUUAUACGGAUAGUUAUCUCGAUGCCUUGAAAGCUUCGGAAAACGAAAACCACAUUCCUUCGGAACAAAGCUUAGAGGAAAACACAGUUGCACAUGUUAAGACUGCGGUACAUAGCUUAGAGGAAAACAGAGCUGCACAUGUUAAGGCUGCGGAACAAAGCUUAGAGGAAAACACAGCUGCACCUCUUAAGACUGCGGACAGAGAAGUUGAUGCUUCAACCGCAUACACAGACAAGAACUUAGAAAAUAUUUUGACUGAAUUGCUUGCUUGCUCUCCGGAUGAGCUUGAGGGGGAUGCUGGUAUCAAGCUUUUGCAGGAACGCUUGAAUAUCAAGCCCAUUGAUAAGCAAAUGCUUUCUUUCCCUGAAAUUCCUGAAUUUCCAGAUGUGAGACGAAUGAACUUGAAAGCGUAUGGAAGGAACCCAUCAAAGCCAAGAACUGCGCUGUCAAACAUACAAAAUUUGCUAAAAGGGAUCAACAGUGAUGCGAGUCGGAAAAAAAGCCAGGCAUCGCCAUCAUAUUCACCGGAGGAUCAGUUUUCAUUUCCCGACAGGCUUAAUUUGCUUCCAGGAGAUCAACAGCCUGGAGAGGUCGUUAUAGCAAAGGAUUUGAAUGCCUCUUUGGGAUCUUCAGUGGCCAACAAUGCUGAUAAAGUGAUAACUAAUGCAUCUCCGUCUAAUGUGGACACUGUACACGUUGCUAGCGAAUUCAACAGUUCAGUGCAGAAGAGUUCCUGUGAAGGUGGUUCUGACACUCUAUCUGGCGUCUAUAGAUCUAAUUCAUGUCCAGAUAGGAACGCAGAUAACUGCGUGGAUGAUAGCAUCACAAACAUAAAUCCAGCCACCGUGGAGGUGAAUGUAGAUGUGCAAACAAAAGGAAAUGAGGGAGAUGUGCUUAUGGGUGAAAGUGAAGCAAACCGAAACACUGGCAGAAGAGAAAAUGAUGUUGAUAUCAAUGAACAAUCUAAGCAGUUUGACAACUUGGCGGAAAGUGCACCUGGAGAGGAUGCAAGAAUGGAUCAUUUUACUGUAGAAGAUGAAAGCAUCCCAUAUCAGCAAGAACAAUACAACUCAAUGGAUGGAUCCAUUGAACAUGAGGAGCACAUUCAAGGACAACAUGGAGAGGAAAACGACAACACAGACCCUACUUGUGGAGUUCAAGUAGAAGAUGUUCAGGAGGCUCGCAACUCUUCAGCCAAACAGACAAAGAAACGAAGCAAGAGAGGAUCUUGUGAUAGCAAAAUGAAUAAGCGAAGCAAAACCGUGCAUGGUGAUGAGAGUGUAAAGGACAAGCGAGCGAAAACAUUAUCACAUGAAAGUGGAGCAAAUAAGCAAACUAAAGGAAAAGCGUACGAGGGAAAGGAGAAGACGCAAAAGAAAACACUAACACGUGAGAGUAAAAUGUUCUCCCGUAGGCAAAGCCUUGCAGGUGCUGGUACUAAAUGGGAAGCUGGUGUAAGACGAAGUACAAGGAUCAAGUCGAGACCACUUGAGUUCUGGAGAGGUGAAAGAUUCUUGUACGGACGUAUUCACGAGAGUUUAACGACUGUGAUCGGGAUAAAGUAUGAAUCUCCGAGGAACAAGGGCAAAGGCGACGAGCGUUUUUUGAAGGUGAAAUCAUUUGUAUCUGAUGAAUACAAAGAGCUGGUUGAAUCAGCCGCCUUGCACUAGAAGAAUCAUAAUAAUCGUAGGAGGAGAGUUGAGUGUUCAAGUUAAUAAUCUUUUGAUCAUAACUCUAUUGGUAUGGUGUUUUCGUGUCUACUAUUAUCACUUUUGGGUCCCAUAACCUGUCACUUUCUUCUUUUAUUCAAACCGCAACUGCUUUGGAAUUUCGUAAACAAGAGUUUCAACUUUCAGUUAGUUUUCCUUCAUGUUGAUUAGUCUCAAAGUCUUUGGUAUUCUUUUCAUGGGCACUUUUUGUCCCCACCUAUCUUUGCUUUAAACCCGCCUU